GAGGGAGAGAGAAAUCGAGAGAGAGAGAGAGAGAGAGAAAGAAAUCGAAAGAGAAAGAAAUGGAGAGAGAGAGAGAGAGAGAGAGAGAGAAAUUGAAAGAGAGAGAAAUUGUACACUGACAGCCAGUCGGAGAGAGAAAGAGAGAGAAAUCGAGAGAGAGAGAGAGAGAGGGGGAUAUCAAGGGAGAGAAAGAGAGAAAGAGAGAGAGAAAGGAAGAGAGAAAUAGAAAGAAAUAUAGGCUCUCGGCGCGAUGAUAAUAACGCCGGGAAUGCGGGAUUUGCAUCCUCCGAAAUGGAAAUCAGCGAUUCCAGUAAUCUGAAAACGAUUUGCAACAUGUUCGCGGGUCGGGGAUCCCAUUCCGGCCACUCGCGGGGUUCGGGCAUCGAGUACUAA